AAAUAGAGAUGAUAAUCAGCAAGAACACGAUUAAGUUGGGAGCAAUCCGUCAAUUUGUAAAGGCCUUGACGAAAACUCCCGCCGCUCAAGUGAGACUGUUCUCAAGCGCAGUUCGAUCUUCUUCUGCUCAGAUUGAAGUGGAUCCAAGCGUAACACGUGGAAGCUUCAGACGAAUCACCAUGACACCCGACGUCAGGAGCCCCAUGAUGCCAGAACUUCAACCAGAAGUUAUCCAACCUGUUUGGGACAACUCUCUCACAACUCCUGCUCUCACAACUCCUACUCAUCACCAUGACAACUCCUGCUCUCACGUCGUUUACAAGGGUCCAGGACAUCCUCUCUGUUUUGAGACUGGUCUUCCCAUGCCGGAGAUACUGCAUCCCACUGAUGUCAUCAUUAAGGUACUGAAAACAACAAUUUGCGGAACAGAUCUCCAUAUUCUGAAGGGGAACGUGUCAUCUUGUGAACCAGGAACGAGACUUGGACACGAGGGUAUAGGAGAGAUCGUACAAGUUGGUUCAAAAGUUCAAAAGCGAAGAGUUGGCGAAAGAGUCCUGGUGAACACGACUACCCAAUGUGGCGUAUGUGACAACUGUAGAAUUCAGUUCCAUGGUCACUGUGUGGAUGGGGGCUGGCAGCUGGGUAAUACUAUUGACGGGAUGCAAGGAACUCAUGCUCGGGUACCUCAUGCAGAUUUCAGUACACAGAUCAUCCCGGAGGCUGUGUGGGAUACUGACAUAGAAGAUGCUAUAGUCAUGUGCUCGGAUAUCCUCCCAACGGGAUUAGAAGUAGGUCUGCUGGACGGAGCUAUCAAGCCUGGAAUGAGUAUAGCUAUAGUGGGAGUAGGUCCGGUUGGUCUGGCGUCUCUUAUCACCGCAGGGUCCUAUCAACCUGGGGAGCUCUUCGUUAUUGAUACCAACAAUCAUAGACUGGACACAUGUGUGGAGCUGAAGAACACAACAGAUGGACUAACCACUGUUCCCCUACACACGAUAGACAACAGUGCAGGAACAGCGGUGGAAGAAGUGAUGACUCUGACACACGGACACGGGGUCGACCUGGUGGUGGAAGCAAUAGGAGUACCUGUCGGCUGGUACAUCUGCCAGGACAUCGUUAAAGCAGGCGGUCAUAUCGCGAUGCUGGGAGUUCACGGCAAGUCAGCCACCAUCAACCUAGAGAGAAUGUGGCACCGUAACUUCAGGUUCAGCGCUGGACUCGUCCACGGGUAUACAAUACCCUCCCUCGUUCAUAAGGUGCUGAACGAAGAGAUACCAGCACACAAAUUGAUCAGUCACAAGGUUCCCAUGUCCCAGAUUUCCCAAGCUUACGAUCUCUUCUCAAAUGCUGCUCGUCACAAAACACUGAAAGUCCUGCUGGAGAACGACUUGAACUGACUCAAUGUGAAGAAGGAGUAACCAAGUUUCAAACUAAAUUCCGACUUUUGAUUUCACAGACUAUGAUGUUAUUAGAAUCGAUAUCGAAGCAGAGACUAUGAUGUUAGUAGAAGAGAGAUUAAAGACUAUCAGAACUUUAAGCUUGUUGCUUAUUGCUUAUCGUUCGAAGGUUGCAGACUAUUUUAAGCUAUCGAACGAUUAAGUUUAAAUGUUGCUAGAAUUUUAAGCCUACAAGCUAAGAAUAUUUCCUCAAGUUUACUUCUAGUUAACUAAUUCGUGGUUUAAGC